GCUUCCUCAGAGAAGAGUCCGGGUGUUGAACUAGCCAGUCUGCAGUCCAGAUCUUUCACCUAUAGAGACCAUUUGGUGUAUUACUAAACGGAAAAUGCGUCAAAGAUGACCACAAAUUCUUCAGCAGCUGGAAACCUAUCUCAGGCAGGAAUGGGACCAAAUUCCAACACCAAAACUCCAGAAACUCAUAACCUCAAUGCCCAGAUGUCUUCAAACUGUUUUGAAAAGAAGAAGAGACGCUACACCACGCUUGACCAGACUCGGCCGCCUGGCCAGCAGGGGCUGCGAGCGCCUCCCCGGGAUCCUCUCGAUCCCUAACAUCACUGGAAGAGCGCCAGCCUCCAUUUCAGCGGACAGAGAAAUUAUACGACCGAAUACACUGGAAUCGUGCAUCGAUCUUUUCUGGAAACCGGUUUGAGUAACGUUACCGUACACAAUGACGAGGCGGCCGAUCCUCCCAGAUCUCUCAUAAUAACGACCCAAGAUGGAAAAUCGUCCUCAUUUCGGGUAGGCCUAUAGAAAGUGAAAGCGGCAACGCCACGGAUAACGCGGAGAGGGAAAGUCAGGCAACCACUGACGGCGACGAGAGUCCCGCUCUUCCCCACUCCGCCUUUAUGAUUACCGCUGUUGGAGUGUUAGAGUGGCUGACUGGGAGAUGGAGGACGAGGAACAGAGCCGCUAUGUCAUCCAGCUGAAGGAAGAGUUUGAUAGCUGUGACUCCAGUGGCACAGGCUGUCUCAACAAGGAGGAGCUGACGGCUCUGUGCCACAAACUACGGCUGGAGACCCAAGUCCCACUGCUGCUGGCCACCCUGCUGGGCCCAAACCACCUCGGUCGGGUCAACUUUGAGGAGUUCAAGGAGGGAUUUGUGGCAGUGCUAUCACGCUCCCUGGACAUCAGCACCUCAGAGGAGGACACCAGCUACCUGGAGCCCGCUGUGCCCGAGGAAGUGAAGCCUAAAUUUGUCAAGGGUGCCAAGCGGUACGGGCGCCGCUCCAGGCCCGACAGGCCCGUUUCGGAUCUGACAGUCAACUCUGAGGAAGCACCGUCCUUCAAAACGGACCAGGACAAGGCCCCCAACUCAGAUGUCCAGGGGACAGGACUCAGGAGGUCUACCUCUCUGGAGAGUGUGGAGAGUAUCAAGUCGGAUGAAGAGACCGGAAGCAACAAGGCUGCAAAUUCGCAGACGUUCGAAGCACACGGCCAGCUGCAGCAAUGGAAGCACACCAAUACUGGGAGUCCCCGGCACGCGCCCACCCCACUGACAGACUCGGCAGGGCAGGGAAUGGGAGAGGUCUGGGCCGAGCUGGGGGUAGGCAGCAGCGGCUUUCUGGACAAGCAGGAGCUGUCGCUGGUGUGUGAAAGCAUUGGCCUUGGGGACCUGGACACCCAGGACAUGGAGGCUCUCUUCAGGAAGCUGGACAAGGACCAGGACGGCAGGGUCAGCCUGAAGGAGUUUCAGAGGGGCUUCUUCAAACACGGGAUGCUCCUCAAACCCAGCACCUGCUCUACCCCUAUUCGCCCCCAAGCCCAGCAUGCAGCAGCAAAGCAGGCCCUGGAGGAUUUCCCCGUGCAGUCCACCUCAACCCCGCUCCUGUCGGAUGGAGUGAGUCUCAGGCUGCUGACCCGACUGGACAACGGAUCAGGCUGUGCCAGUCCAGAGUGUGUCAUCACUGUGUGGAGUGAAGAGGGUGUCAGACAUGGCAGGGAGAUCCUGCAGACCUUGAGCUUCUCUCUGGAUGAGGCAUUGAACCUGGCAGAACUCACCAUGGCACUGGACAACGAGCUGCUGGUCAGCGAAAACAUCAUCCACCAGGCAGCCUUAGUAUCCUACAAGAGUGAGAUCCAGUUCCUCCAGAUCCAGGCUGAACAGGCCUGUAAGGAGCGGGACAAGGCCAAGGUGGACCUGGAAAGGGCAGAGCGACGUAACCUGCAGCUGGUCCGGGAAGUGGACGAGCACCACGCCACCAUGGAGACCCUCAAUGAGUCAAAGAUCAAGAGUAUGGAACAGGAGUACCGUGAUAGGCUGACGGCCCUACGCAGCCAGACUGAAAAGGAGAGCGAGGUGCUGCUGCAGCAGGUCGACCGGGAGCGAGCACAGCUCCAGAAGGAGGUGGAUGAUCUGCGGGUGCAGGAAGCCGGUUUGCAGGAGGAGGUGGCUGCUGCCUCCCAGGAAAACAGUCGGUUGGAGAAGGAGAUCGUUCAUUUGAAGUGGAGGCUCCUUGACUCCGAGACAACCAUCUCGAGGCUGCAGAAGGACCUGGAUCACCUGCUCAAGGACAAGUUUGGCAGCUUGGAUGGCAUUCAGACAAGCCUGCUGGGCCAGGAGGAUCGCUUCGCUGACAUCAUCAGAGAGUAUGAACAGCAGUGCCGGGAGCUGCGGGACAAAAAUGAUGAACUGAGCUCUGAAUUGGAGAUGCUGAGGAAUCAGGGAUCGGGCAGGAAGUACCGGGACGGCACACCCGCACACACCUGGUCCGGCCGUCGCUCUCUGAUCACGGAGUCUGAUUCUGAUGACCCAGAAGUGAAGACGGGCUCAUCUCCCCUUACCCAAAAAAAGGUGGAUAAGAAUGUCCUGGGGUCCCCAGAGAGUGCCCUGGCCAACAUGAGCAUCAAGACGGAGCUCGCUGUGGAGCACCUGAAGGACAGACACAGGCAGGAGGUGCAGGAUCUGAAGAUUGAGCUGGAGACCAAGGUGAACUACUAUGAGCGCAGUCUGGAACUAAUGCGCUUCAACAUGGAGGUGGAGCGCAGGGACAUCUCACAGAGCUUCAAGGUGGAGAUCAGUGAACAGGAGGAGCAGAGGGCACAGGCAGAGGAGCGGGAGGCGAGGCUGCAGGAGACCGUGGCGGAGUUGCGUGAACAGCUGCGGGUGGCCACUCAGGAGCCUGAGCUGGAGCAGCGGGCCCAGCACGAGAGGGCGGAGCUGGAGCAGAGCUACGCCCGCGAGAUUUCCAAUCUGGUGCAGAAGCUCACCUCUGAGAAAGAGCAGCUGCAGGUGGAGCUCCAGUUGAAGAUGGACCAGGAACUGCGGCUGGUCAGGGAGGAGGAGAGGGCGAAGCAUGCCAUGGAGCAGGAGGUUUGGAAGGUGCGGGAGAGGGAGCUGCUAGAGACGCGGAGGAAGCUCCAGCGUGGAAACGAACGGGCUGUGGAGGAGCAGGCCCUCCUGUGUGGCAGCGCUGCCUUGGAAAGGAUACAGCUGCAGGAGGCGCAUGAGCAGGAGGUCCAGGCACUGAAGGGGCAGCUUCAUAGCCUGGAGAUCGAGCUGGAGGAAAGACGUGCCCAGCUGGAUGGCUGCGUCUCCUCACUUCUCUCCUUGGAAGACUUGGCUCACGGUUUGACUGCAGGCCUGCGUACCACAGAGCAGGAGCUGGAGGUAAGGAAUGACAAGGAGAGUGCCUUCCUCUGCAAGGUGGAGCAAUUGACACAGGAGCUGAGGAGCAACCAGGAGAAGUGUGAGAUUCUGCAGAAGGAGAAGGAGGUGCUCUGGGCCAGCUGUGCCCAGGUGACUGCCCUCUCUGCCCAGUGGCAAGAGCAGCUGAAAGCAAAGGAGGAAGAGCUGAAGAUGGUCAGGGGACAACUGGAGGUAGCAUGGGGAGAGCUGAGAGAUGGAAAGGCUCGACUGCAGAAAGCAGUUGAGGACAAGGCCCAGCUUCUGGAGGAGCCGAAGAACAAGUCCAUCAAGCUGGAACAGCUUGAACCAUGUGUCAGCUGCCAAAAGGAAGAUUUGUUGUGUACAAAGCUGACAACACCCAGCAUCCAAGAUGCCUGCAGGCAGGAAUGUGACAAGGUCAGCAGGCUGUUGGACCAGCAUUCUCAUACAGAGGAAAUGAGAGCUGAGUUAUCGAAAGUCUGGAAAAACACACAGGACCUACGCUUCAGGCUGAAGCAGCAAGGAGAUAUGGUCCUGAACCUCCAGUAUCAACUGGACCAUGAAGUCAGUGAGAAGGUUCAGCUGGAGAAUGAGCUCAGAAACAUGGAGGUUCAACUCGGGCUUAAGGAAGAACUCUCUGAGGAGCUGAAGAGCAAGCUUGAGCUAUUGACUCUCCAGCUCAAGGGCAAGGAAGAGGAGCUGUGUGGCCUUAGGGAGAGGCUGGAGGGCUCUCCUUGCCAUUUGCAGCAGGUCCUGCUGGAGGCCCAGGCUCAGACACGGAGGGCGGAGGAACAGUUUGAGAGGGAGAAGAUCAAGAUGAAGGAGCAGCUGCUGGACAUGGAGCGGCUGGUCAUGGCUGUGGAGGUGGUGAUGGAGCAGACUGGUCCUAACAGCAGAGCGCAGCUUGAUGAGGUCACUGCAGAAAAUGCGGUGCUGAAGAGCCAGCACUGCAUGUUGCAGCAGGACAUGCAGAGGCUGCAAGAAGUUGUUGACAAGAAGAGGAAGAAACUGGAAGCGAUGGAAAAGGAACACGAGCAGAACCGGGAGGAAGUGGAGAGGCUGUAUAAGGAGAAUGCCAGGCAUCGUGAGGAGUCCCUGCAGCUAAGUAGCCGGAACCUGCAGCUGAGUGAAGAGAACGUGGAGCUGAGCGUGCAGCUAGAGUCCGAGCAGGAUGCUGCACGCAUACAGGCAGAGUUGACAGAGCAGUUGUCUUGUGAGCGCGAUGAGGCAGCGGCCAUGGCCCAGCAACUGCAGCAGGCAUCCAACCAGCGGGAGCGUGAGCUGCACGGGCUGCAGGCUGCCUGGCAGCAGGAGAGGGAGGUGCUGGAGCAGGAACUGCAGGCAACCAGGGACAAGCUCCAGAAUCUGUCGGCCAUGGAGUCACAACUGGCUGGGUUGACGCUGAAGCAUCAGUACUUGGAGCAAGAAACGUGGAGGCUGCAGAAGGAGCUGGAGGAGCGGACCAUGAAGGCUGAGCAGCUCCAGGAAUCACUGGGGUCCCUCAGCACCCAGGCAGAGCAGCUGCGCUCUGAGCUCCAAGCUGUUAGCCUGGACAGAGCUCUCCGGGCUCAAGAGGCGGCGUCCCACCAGAAGAUGCUGCAGGAAGCCCGGGACAAGGUGCAGGAGCUGGAGGCCACUGUGGAGAAGCUGCGCAGUGAGAAGGAGCAACUGAGCAGCACUCGGCGGCAGGAGGAGGCGCAGGAGGCCCAGGCCCUGACGAGGGAGUGCCAGAGCCUGCAGUCCCAGAACCAGGAGAUGCUCCAGAAGGUGAGCCAGCUGCAGCUGCAGGAGGCCGAGGUGCAGAGGGUGACCCAGGAGAGUCUGACACUGAAGGCCAAGCUGGCCCAGCUGGAGAAGGAGCUCCUGCAGCUUGAGGACCAGGGCCGGCAUGCGGCCACAGCCAUGGCCCUGGCGCAGUCACAGCAUGCCUGUGAGCUGCGGCAGCAGAGCGAGCGCAUCAGCCAGGAGGGCCAAGAGCAGCUGGGGCAGCUUUGCACACGACUGGCUGAGGAGCAGCGGCGCAGCCAGCAGCUGGAGGCGCGGCUGAACCAGCAGGCCCAGCAGGCCAGUGUGCAGAUGAGCCUGCAGCAGGAGCAGUAUGAGAAGGCGAGGAGACUGAUGGAGGAGAAUAUUGAGGAAGUAGAGAUGAAGUUGAAGAAUAUCCGUAUAGUGCUGCAGGAGAAGGUGAACCAGCUCAAGGAGCAGCUGUGCAAGAGUGCCAAGUCGGACAUGCUGUUGAAGGAACUGUAUGUAGAGAACGCGCAGCUGGUGAAGGCACUGCAAGUGACAGAGCAGCGGCAGAAGGGCGCAGAGAGGAAGAACUACCUACUGGAGGAGAAGAUCGGUGCCCUCAACAUGCUGCUGCGGAGGGUGGCCCCUGCUGCCUUUGGCACGUAGCCCUCAUCAGUGUGAUGCUCCGGAAUCUGAAGCCUCAGUGCUCUGACGGUGCCAUUAGUUGCACCAAUACCGCAGUCGUCCAUCUCUGCAGAUUCAUAUGUUCACCUGCACAGCAGAGGCUCCAGGCACAGAAAAGUAUGUUAUACUGGGAUGGCAGACGGCCUUAAUUCUAACAUGAGGAAAACCACAUUAAGUAAUGUGUGAUUGCCACACUACUAUCAGCUCAGUAUGCUGCCAGGGUCAGCCUGCUUUGUUAGGGUGAGCAGAGGCCCAUGCCCCUGACUGUAAUCACUACAGCAGCUUCCCUAUGAGUAUUUUAAGGACCAACCAGUAUUUGAGCCAGCAGCAGUUGUACCUUUCUCCACACUUCUCUCUGGCAAAGAGGACUAAUUUCUAAGUGUUAUUUAAAAUAUAAAAUUUCUGCACCUAUAAAAUGUACAGUUUUGAUACAGUCCAGCUGCACCAUUUUAAUCUUGCAUUGUAACUGAAAUAAAUGUUUGAAUAAUA